CAGGACCUGGAGGACCCGCCUCUGUGCUGCCUAAAGGGGUUUGAAAAGAGAAGUUGGUAUCUGUGAGAGGUGGGGAAAAAAAACACAAAUGGAAGUUCAAAUACGUGGGAGAACGAUGAGAUAUUUGAGAAGAAGACCUUAUCCCUUUAAGGGCCAAAUCGACGCCGAUGAACUCGCAUACAAACGCUUCAAGAGGCGGCUCAUCCAGGGGAGCAGCAGAGGAGGUCCAGCUGCGAGUACACCGCUGCCCUCUGGAGGGCGCUGUGACUCUGGCUUUGAGUUCGACACCGUCUGUCAGAGGCUGGAGCUCGAGUCUUCACCGAGAGAUCACAAGCCAGCACACGGUGUCCUGCAGGAAAUAAAGCAAGCCGAGGCUGAGGCACCUCUCGUGGGCAACUGCAGUCAAACGUUUGGGCCUUUAAACUCAUCUCAACAACACACUAUGAGAGCCAGAAGAUGGCUGGACACAGAGACGUCAAUGAAUAAGAAAGUGGAGUGGAUUUGGAAAGCUGCGCAUCAGUCACGUAGGCAUUACCAGCAAACUGAUACUGAUGAGAGAACAUGUGACUUGAAGCCUUUCGAUAAUAUGAGUGUGCAGGGAAACGAACGGAUGACUUUGUGGACACCAUCCCUGCUGAACGACUACUAUGCCAAUCUUCUGGACUGUAGUUGUGAUGGGAUGAUUGCUUUAGCGCUGGGAUCUGCUGUUUAUCUCUGGAACUCAGAAACCCGUGCCCUGGUGGGACACUUCCAGCCGAGUCCAGAUCCAAGUCAACCUGGCUGCAGGGCUCUGUCCGUCUCCUGUCUGAGCUGGAGCAGGGACGGCAGAGCUCUUUGCACAGGGAACAGACGAGGGGAGAUACAGUUGUGGGAUGUUGACCACAAGCAGAGAAUGUGGCGUGUUCAGUCACACCUGUCUGUGGUGUCGGCUCUUUCCUGGAAACAGCAGUUGCUCAGCAGUGCCUCCACUCUUGGACACAUCCAUCACCUAGACCCUCGGGCUCCCGUGCCUGUUGUAGGUGCAGCCACCCAGGAGGAGGGCAUCUGCAGCCUGGAGUGGUCACCGGGAAAUGAGUGGCUUGCCAGUGGCUCCAAAGAGGGGCUUCUCCAUAUCUGGGACGGGGACACUGCAGGGAUCAAAACAUCCCAGCAGUCAAUUAUAACGAUGAAACAGCCCAGCGCUGUUAAGGCAUUAGGAUGGUGUCCAUGGCAGAGAAAGACGAUUGCUACAGGAGGAGGGUGGAAAGAUGGACAGCUUAGAGUCUGGGACACACAAUCAGGGUCUUGUUUGACAUCCAUCAACACAAAUUCACAGAUCUGUUGUCUCAGAUGGGCUGAAAAGAGGAGAUAUCUGGUCACAGGCCAUGGGUUUCCUCAUAACCUUAUCUCCUCCUGGAGCUGGGAGUUCCCCUCCGUCAGCCCAAUGCGUCAACUCACAGGUCAUUCACAUCGAGUUCUGCACUUGGCCGUAAACCCCGACAACGCUCACAUCUUCUCAGCUGGAGCCGACCAGAGCUUCCGCCUCUGGGAUCUGUAGUUACCUAUUUAGAGACUGCAAGGUGGCUUCAAACUGAGAAAGUAGAUAUGGAGCAUUAGAUACUUUUCAUUGAAUCAGUUUGAAAAUUAGAAAGCCAUGAAAAAAUAUCUUGACGGUUGAAGAGCGUAUAGUGAACAAGGAAGAACAUUUUUGACUGUUGGUGAAGAAGAAAAGCAGAAAGAUAAGUGUGGGAUGAUUUUAGUCUUAAAACAACUUCAAAAAUGAAAGGAAAACUAUGUAAGAGUUUGAAAAGCAGUGGUGUGUAAUUUGAGGAUGUUUGCUCUAAUGAAAAAUAAAAUGAAAACGAGGAGACAGAUAUAGUGAACACAAGAUUGACCGGGGUUCAUAAGUGAUAGUGUGUGGGUGAACUUAUUCAAAUUACCAAUA